AUGACUCCUCCGGCCCAGAACAUCCAACACAGGUCCAAUUCAGCCGCGCCCCCAACAAUUGACAAGCCAUUGCUAGCAAUUCAAAUUGGAAGCAUUGUGGGCGCCUAUGUAAUCUUCGUCGCUGUCCUCCUAGCUCUACUUCUCUUCAUCGGACGUCGUCUGCGUCGGACAGUUCAGUCGUCUAACUAUACGUUGCAUAUGGAAAUUCUGAAGCCUACCAGGCCUCCCGUCAGCAUGGAUCCCAGCCCAGUCUCUCCAAUGUCACACAACCUCCCCAGUCCCAAGUCGGGAGGAUUCAAGUCCUGGGGAUCGUUGAACAGGAGUGCCAGGCCCUCCCAGCCAUCCAUGAACGGCAGCAUGCUGACCAUCGACGAGUCCAUCGUUGCGAACGACAGACAACGAGCCCAGAAUGAUAUGGAGAUGCUGUACGCGGCGGUCAUGGAACACGACGCCCAAAAAGCUUCGGGGGGUGAUCUGUCCAUCCGCGAACAAGACUUCCAAGCACAAUCGCCAGACAGUCAAAUCACAAAUCCGUUCACUGACCGUGGCUCCCAUGUAUCGGAUAAUUCAUUGGCGCCAUUGGCACCAUUGGCAUCAUUGGCACCAUUGAAGUCCCCCACCAAGGGCUUCAACAGCUCCCGCUUAUCCAAGCUCUUCACCACUGGCUCCCGCGCCAACCCAGACCCGAGUAAAGUGCGCUCGCCACGUCUGGCUACCCGCAAAAUGUCCAUCUCCUCCCCACUAGCCUCACCAGCAGUGCCUACGCCUCGAGCAUAUAUGCACGAAGACCCGCCUCUUUCCCCGCGGAUUUAUAACCCCGGUCCACCUCCAGUGGUGCCGCGGCCCCAGGCGAAGGAGUCACUCAUGCCUCCUCCUGGACGCGCCCGUCCACCGGCGCCUCUAACCCUGUCUACUCCCUCACCUUCUACCUCUGUCCCGUCCAAUCUGCCAUUCCGUGAGGCGUACCCGCCCCAAAGUGCCCCGGCUACCAAGACUACUAUCUUGGAACGGCCGGUGAAGAACCGAUUAGCUCCUGUCACGGGCAUGGCUACACCGUACAGUCCGUACAUGCCGUUUACUCCUGUAACGCCCUUUACCCCCGGGCGCACGGUGACAAAGCGACAACGGAAGCGCGAAGAGCGUGGUAAUGGACUGCAAGUAUUGAACGAAGACGAUUUAGUCAAGGAUGAUGAUGAUAUCUGGGGAUGA